AUGGUCCUGGAGUCCCUGCAUUUCUCCCGUGAUGGAGGAUUGGAAGUGCUGGACCAACUGCAGGUGCCACAAAAGAAGACGUACAUCAGAGUCAAGGAUUCUCAGGAUGCAUGGACAGUGGUACGCAACAUGCAGGUGCGUGGAGCGCCGUUGUUAGCCAUGGUCUCUGCCCUGGGCCUUGCAGUGGAAGCUUUGGAGAGGGCCAAGGCGAAGAGAGAGGGUGCCGCUGAGUGGCUGCGUGAGAGGAUGUCCUUCCUAAAGACCUCGCGGCCCACCGCUGUCAACCUUUUCAAUACCAUGGACGCGCUGGGUAAGGUGGUUGAGGACGCAGUCGCUUCUGGCCGCAAUGACCAGCAGAUCUACCACGCCUAUGCGGAUGCUGCUGAACAGAUGCUGGAAGAAGACGUCAAAGCCAACAAGGCCAUUGGAGAUGCUGGUGCCGAUGCGAUUCUCGCGGCAAUGAAGGCCGCUGGACGAGACGGUGCUGCUCGAGUGAUGACCAUUUGCAACACUGGAGCCUUGGCGACGGCGGGCUGGGGCACGGCCCUGGGAGUCUUGCGCACGCUGCAUGCGAGAGGCAAGCUUGAGCGUGCAUAUUGCCUGGAGACGAGGCCCUAUAAUCAGGGGGCACGGCUUACCGCUUUUGAACUGGUAGAGGAUGGCUUGCCUGGAACGUUGAUCUGUGAUUCCAUGGCUGCUGCCUUGAUGCAGCGCUGUGGCCUCGAUGCAUGCAUCGUGGGCGCUGAUCGCGUCGUUGCCAAUGGAGACAGCGCCAACAAGAUUGGGACCUAUUCGCUGGCAGUGCUAUCCAGACACCAUGGUGUGCCUUUUUACGUGGCUGCGCCACUGACCACCUUAGACGUCAACUUGAAGCACGGCUCGGAGAUCCCCAUCGAGGAGCGGCCCGAUGAAGAGCUUUGCUCAUUGAAAGUGGAGGGUGUCAGCCACCGAGUGGCUGCCCCUGGGAUUGGUGUUUGGAACCCAGCCUUUGAUGUGACGCCAGCAUCGUUGAUUUCCGGCAUUGUCACUGAUUGCGGCCUCAUUCCAAAGCGCAGCCAGGAUUUUGACGUGGCUGCCUUUGUGCCGGAGAAGAAGCGAAAAGUGAACGGCCAAUGA